AUGUUGCAACAAAGACCAAUGAUAGACCUUACUCGGGUAUUUCUCGUUGUUGCAGUGUUCAUCUCAUUUUGUGUAUUUAUAAGUUUUUUAAAUAAUACACUUUACUCUUCUCAAGUGAAAAUUGAAAAAAGCGAUAUUUUGAUGCCAUUGAUGAAUGACGAAAUAUAUUUUGAUUAUGCAGGAGCGGCUCCAUAUACUAUUGAACAAAUAGAUCAAUAUUCCCAAUUUAUGAAAAAUAACUUUUUAUGUAACUCUCACUCACCUAAUGUUUGUGGAUUAAGAAGUAGUGAAUUAGUACAAAACACAAGGGACACAAUACUAAAAUAUUUUAAUGCACAAGACGAUUAUAUAAUAAUAUUUACAAGUGGAUGUACUCAUGCAUUACGUGUUGUUGGUGAAUCAUUCCCUUUUGAAGAAGGGAGUCAAUUUAUUUUUACAAAGAGUAAUCAUAAUUCCGUUCUUGGUAUUAGAGAAUUUGCUAAACUUAAAAAUGCUUCAUUUUUAUCAGUAGAUGAAUAUUCUUCUUCUUAUUUAAAAACUUCUAUUCAUCCAUCAUUAUUUGCUUUUCCUGCUGAAGAUAACUUUAAUGGAGUUCAAUAUCCAUUAGAAUGGAUAGAGGACAUAAAUAAACAUGAGAAUUGGUAUAGUUUAAUUGAUGCAGCUGCUUUUGUUAGCCAUAGUCUAUUAGACCUUAGUCAAGUCAAGCCACAUUUUGUUACAUUAUCAUUUUAUAAAAUUUUUGGAUUUCCUAUGGGAAUUGGAGCUUUAUUGAUGAGAAAAGAUGUCGUAGAUAAAAUGAGUCCAAUUUACUUUGGAGGAGGGACUGUAUAUGCAUCAUUACCAAAUGUAGAUUAUCAUGUCUUUUUUGGAUUUUCAUCAAAAUUUGAAGCAGGAACCUUACCUAUAUCGUCAAUUGUAGGAAUAAAAUAUGGAUUUGAAAUGAUUAAGAAAAAGGGAGGUAUUAAAUCAAUUCAAAAACACGUAAAACUAUUAACACAAAAAUUAGUAACAUCACUGAAACAAACAAAAUUUGAAAAUGGAAAUCCAGUAUUUGAAAUAUAUGGAAAUCAUUUUAAAAAUUCAUCAUUACAAGGAGGGAUUAUUACCUUUAACAUUCAUCAAAAUGAUAAUUCUUUAAUACUUACUGCUUCUAUUAAUUCAUUUUUAAGAGAAAAAAAGAUUAAUAUUAGAACUGGUUGUAUGUGUAAUCCAGGCUCUUGUCUUAAAAGUCUUGGAAUUAAUGAAGAUGAAUAUAUGAAUGAUAUCCCGAAACAACCAAAAGGUGGAUUUGAUUCAAAUUCAUGUCUUGAUAUAAUGGUUGGAAAUAAAGAGGCAGGUGCUAUUAGAGUAUCACUUGGAUAUGCCUCAACAGAAGAAGAGAUAGAACGAUUAAUUGAAGUGUUAAAUGAAUAUUUCAAAGAGAAUCAAAUGAAAAUAAAAAUUCCUAUUAAAUAA